AUGGAUGGCUUACUGUAUAAAGUAGAAACAUUUCUGAAGGCGGCAGGCAGUGACGAUCUGGAUUCCGUUGCCGUGGAUUUAGCUCAUGGAUUAUCAGCUGAUGUGAUGGAUGAUGAUCAUGUUACGGCAUUGCAGAUAGCCUCAGCACAAGGCAAUUUAACGAUGAUGGAAAUUUUGCUGAAAGCUGGGGCGUCGGUUGAUAACUGCAAUCACUGCGGAUUUACACCUUUACUUCAUGCUGCUCGAAAUGGAAAAGCUCAGGCAGUUGAACUACUUAUCAAUCAUGGUGCCGACACUUUGAGAACCACAUUUUAUGGUACAUCAGCUUUAUCCUUAGCUUCUGCUGGAGGACAUCUUGAUACUAUAAUAAUUUUACGUGAAUAUCAAAAUCAAACACGUCGACAUGCACCAACUCCGUUAAUCGCUGCAAUCGCCAGAAAUCAGUAUGAAACUGUUAUUUAUCUCGAAUUUUUCGGCAUGAUUCAACAUCCGUGUCGUGACAUGUUUUAUGAGAUAGACGCAUUCAGUGUAGCAAAAUCAUUAAUGGAUUUGAAGAUGAUGACGUUGCUACGAGAUCUAAGAUUGCAACCACAAAAUCAAAUGUUGAUAGGCUCGCUUGCUGAGGAAGAAUUGCUAAAUGAAGUACCAUGUAAAACACCGGAUAUUCGAUGUCUCAUACGUGGUCGUUGUUUAUCACUUCUUGACUGGAUUCUGAAUUUGAAUAAUUAUAAAGAAUUGCCUGAAGGUACUACUCCAUUAAUGUAUGCUUCAGUGGUGCAACUGAUAUUGCGAUAUACAUGUGACAUAAAUGCAACUUGCUGUGGCUUCACAGCGCUAAUGAUUGCUCUCGUCAGCGGUAACGACUUGUUAUCACAAUAUCUGAUAAGGAAGGGUGCCAGUCAAAACGGUAUUUCACCAGCAACUAUUCAGUUGAUAUUGACUGGAGAAAUGCCUCAGUUGUGUCUAACUAGAAAGAUAUCGGCUUUAUUAGGUAGCAUUUUUCGAUGGAUCGGGAAGAGCAAUCGAAUUUCACAUCAACAAGUGAAAUUAACAGAAAAUGGUCAGCAGCCAAGUUUUGUUCAGAAAGUCGAGCAGAAUAUGGGAGUAAAAUCGAGUUGGGUACCUCAAAAACUUAUUGAUGCCUUGGCUUGGCCCGAAUACUUUAGUACUUCUUUUCCAGCAAAUUUUCCAAUUAAUAAUCACAAAUCUACGCCGAAACGAUUAGUGAACGUUGAUCCAAAUCAAUCAUCAGACGUUGAAGUAGCGCGAGUAUACAGCGAUUGCUUCCAAGAGCACGGUAGUAGCAUUUCAAAACUUCGAUCCGCACUCUUCCACUUUGGUAAUGGACCACCGAAAAACAUUAGUGAUUCAUCAGUAUGUUCAUCAGAUUGUGCUGAAUCAGUAGGAAUAAUUUCAACAACAAACACUUUGCAAGAAACUGAUGUUCCUCUUAUUGAAAACCUUGACGAACUCUGCUCGGCCUAUGCAUAUGAAGAAAAGUACUGGAAUUUGCUGAGCAGGCGAUGCUCGCCAGCUGUGUGUCUGAAGCUGCAACAACAAGAAGUGGAUUAUGAGACUUUUCUGAUGCUUACAAAAGCAGAAUUCAUCUCAUUUGGCAUUAACCGAUCCGACGCUAACAUUCUUGGCAAUUUACAAAAGAAGCUGAGAGAAGAAUUGGGUAUUACUGCAGCGUAA